AUGUCUUCCCAGGGUUGGAGCCCCAUUGUUGGAUUUUACGGGAUGCUUUGCAUCUCGGCUUGCUGGCUCUCGGGCACCGGGGCGGUGUUGUCUCCAAACGGGACGAUAUUUGAGGAUAACUGCAAGAAAACCACAACUUGCGAGGCACUUAAAUACAACACAUGCCUGGGAUCGCCUUUACCGUACACACACACUUCUCUGAUCCUGGCGGAGGACUCCAGCACCCAAGAAGAGGCUUUUGAGAAGUUGACCAUGUGGUCUGGUUUGCGGAACGCUCCUCGCUGUUGGUCCGUCAUCCAGCCUUUGCUCUGUGCCGUCUAUAUGCCCAAAUGUGAGAAUGGCCGAGUUGAGUUGCCCAGCCAGAGCCUGUGUUUGGCUACGCGUCGGCCGUGUAGCAUCGUGGACCAGGAGAGAGGCUGGCCCACCUUCCUCAAAUGUGACCAAUUCCCUGUGGGCUGUUCGAAUGAGGUGCAGAAGCUGAAAUUCAACACAUCAGGCCAGUGUGAAGCUCCCCUGGUGAAGACUGACAUUCAGUCGAGUUGGUACAAGGACGUGGAGGGCUGCGGUAUCCAGUGUGACAACCCUCUGUUCACAGAGGAGGAGCACAAUGACAUGCACGCCUACAUCGCUUACUUUGGCACCAUCACCCUCCUGUGCACCUUCUUCACCCUGGCCACAUUUCUUGCCGACUGGAAGAACUCCAACCGCUAUCCAGCUGUCAUCCUCUUCUACAUCAACGCCUGUUUCUUCGUGGGCAGUAUCGGCUGGCUGGCCCAGUUCCUGGACGGCGCACGCGACGAGAUUGUGUGCAAAAGCGACAACACCAUGCGACUUGGAGAGCCCUCGUCUUCAGAGACGCUGUCAUGUGUCACCAUCUUCAUCAUCGUGUACUACUCCCUGAUGUCGGGUGUGAUUUGGUUUGUCAUGCUUACCUAUGCCUGGCACACGUCCUUCAAAGCCCUGGGCACCACUCACCAGCCGCUGUCUGGCAGAACCUCCUACUUCCACAUGGUCACCUGGUCUGUCCCCUUCGUCCUCACUGUGGCCAUCCUGGCUAUCGCUGAGGUGGAUGGAGACUCGGUGAGUGGGAUCUGUUUUGUGGGCUACAAAAACUACAGAUACCGUGCUGGGUUUGUGCUGGCUCCCAUUGGAGUGGUACUUGUUGUCGGCGGCUACUUCCUCAUUCGGGGUGUCAUGACUUUGUUUUCCAUAAAAAGUAACCACCCAGGACUACUGAGUGAGAAAGCGGCCAGCAAAAUCAACGAGACCAUGCUGAGACUCGGUAUAUUUGGAUUCCUCGCUUUUGGCUUUGUUUUAAUCACCUUCGGCUGCCACUUCUAUGACUUCUUCAACCAGGCUGAAUGGGAGAGGAGCUUCAGAGAAUAUGUGCUGUGUGAAGCCAACGUGACAAUCGCCUCUCAGACCAACAAGCCAAUCCCAGAAUGCACCAUUAAGAACCGGCCCAGCCUGAUGGUGGAGAAAAUCAACCUGUUCUCCAUGUUCGGGACGGGAAUCGCUAUGAGUACCUGGGUCUGGACCAAGGCCACCAUCCUCAUCUGGAAACGGACCUGGUGCAAGAUUAUUGGCCGUAGUGACAAUGAACCCAAGAGGAUUAAGAAGAGCAAGAUGAUUGCCAAGGCAUUUGCAAUGAGGAAGGAGCUCCACAAGGACCCAGAAAAGGAACUGUCCUUCAGCAUGCACACAGUGUCCCAUGAUGGGCCAGUGGCUGGAAUCAAUUUUGAGCUCAAUGAGCCAUCGAAUGACAUGUCAUCAGCUUGGGCGCAGCAUGUGACUAAGAUGGUGGCCAGGCGAGGUGCCAUCCUGCCCCAGGACAUCUCUGUUACUCCUACUGGUACACCAGUGCCACCUCCAGAGGAGAGGAACAGGCUGUGGAUGGUGGAGGCUGAGAUUUCACCUGAGAUGAUAAAGAGGAAAAAGAAGAAGAAGAAGAGGAAGAAGGAGGUGCGCCCAGUGGAGGAGGUAGUAGACCACCAGGCAUAUCGCCAGCGUGAGUUUGGUCGCAGCUCAGUGCCUCGCCUGCCCAAACUGCCAUGCCACCCCAGUCUGGUCGCUAAUCUGCAGGAACAGCAGAAGCUGGAGGAGGAAGUCCUGCCGGGGUCCUACCCAGACUUCCAACCCUCCCACCCCCUGUCCUGUGAGGAGAGGUGUCCCUACCCGCAAUACCAGAGCAGUUAUAACAGCUGUGGUCGCAGCAUGCUCUCUAACCCUCUAACCCUCAAUGACCGCCCAGAGGACCUGGGUCUCAGCCCACGUUGCCUUCCAUCAGCCUCAACCUGGCAGCCCAGUGGAUCUUCCCGCUACCCCAGGGAGAUGGAUCUCACCGACGGGCUGUCAGAGAGGUUGGCCCAAGUAGCCCGGGUCCCGGCAGGCCGAAGAACAGGCUACGGACCCAUUCACUCCCGGACCAAUUUAAUGGAGGCGGAGCUUAUGGAUGCUGACUCUGACUUCUAAGAGCAUAGCUCCAAUAUAUUGCUUUGUGGUACACAGACAGUAAGCUAUAAAAAGUGCUGGAUACUUUCAAAAUUCUUACUGAAGUGCACCUAAUUCCCAAAUGCCCAGAGGUUAAGAUGAAACUAAGCUCAUUUUUUUUGAAAAAGCAAAGGGAUAAAGUGAAAAAAUAUGUUGUGAAUAAGUUAAUGAAAAAAAAUAUUUUUAUACUUUAUUUGUGUCCAAUAAAAUAUCAGAGGCAACUCCGUGAUGGCAAGUGACAAAUGAGGCAGCUAAACUUUAUAUGGCUUGAAACAGAUAUUGUUAUUCUGACACCCUUAUGCAUUCAUCGGCUAGUAUCAGCUCAGCCCUGUUUGCGACAACAUUAAACUUGGAACUUGGCAGGAUAAGUCAAUGUGUCAAGGAUGAAUUGCUAACUGCCAACUUGUUUUUGGAAUUGCCAGAAAGGACAUUUGAAGAUGUAGGCAGUUGCUAACAUGUUUUAGUUAUAUUCUUAAUCUUCGAUUGGCUGCCACCGUAAUAACUAUUUUGAACUGUCCCAGGGCAGUAAAACCUGACUCAGACAGAAGACCAUACAGGUAAAGAAAAGCAAAUUGCUACGGGCUACUUGCAAAUAAUGUUUAACCCAGGUCCUCUUUUGUGUUAUAUUUUAUUGUUCUUAAGACUCAAUUUCUCUCUUAUCACUGUUAUUUAGCCAUUAAUUACUUGUGUUUAUGUACAGUUAACUUGAGGUACUAACCAUUAUCUCCCUUCACCUAUUAAUACUAAUAUUCCAGAGAUGAUUGACUUUGAGAGGUUUCUUUAAGAAUUUGUGAUACACACUGGGACAGAAGCCAACUCUUUUUUUCAUCUGUCUCACAGCUUCACAUAGUGAUCAUUAUUUCAGAUUUAAACAGAAUAACCUAAAUUAUUAUCUUAUGUUAUUGACAUCGGUAUCAACUUAACACCAGGCUAAAAAGCAGUGUUUUGCAGCCCCCCCUGGUUUCAAGCCUGUUUCACCUGUGACCACACCCAGCAUCACUGAAAGGUGUGGUUGGGUUUGGUGGGUCACAGUGACCACACACAACAAUGAUGUCAUUGGAUUUUGAAGUACACCUGCACAUCACUGCAGAGAGGUGAAACAUUAAACUACUGGAGGUCAGCAAAGACAAGAUUUUCAGAGGGUGCUAAUUAUUUGUAUGAUGAAAGACCCAAGAGUUAAUUUAUUUUUUGCCUGUUGGAAAAAUACUGAAAUUAAGGAAAUGGCCAUCUGUUUCCCAAUGAGCUCUCCUUGUAUAUUUCAGAACAACGUUUCUCCUUGUACAAGUAUUGUUAAUUGUAAGUGUUCUUUCAUACAGCAGUAUUUCUUCUUCUUAACUUCUGUUAAUCGGUUGUACACAUCCAAUUCAAACUUGGCAUCAUGUGUAUUUCCUCUUCUCUGCAGUCAGUUUUAGACUGCAGUGGGCUCAGAUGUCCCUCUUUCCUAAAUGCUUCUUUUUUUCAGUCUCUCUCUUUCUAAAUGUGUUUACUGUAUAUAGGUUGUUCAUAUAUUUCUCAAUAAGGUUUUUAUUUGUACAGAUUUAUAUAUCAAAUCACUUGAUUACUCUGCUGAUAUGAUAAAUGAAAAGGGAAGAGUCAACUAUGCUAAAAAAGUUGUCACUGUACUUGUGCUGUAACCAAAAGUCUACCUAGUACUGUCCUUUUAUACUCAAAAUGUAUAAAUGAUGCUGAAGUAGAAUGUGAUAAACAGCUUUUUUAGCCGAUGCAAAUUAGUUUGUCUAAUGUAAGUGUCUAGUUAUUCGUGUGAGAUAUGUAUGAUAGAUAAUUAUUUAUGUUAUUAGUAGUUACAACCCCAUGAAUUCAACAAUACAGAGAGUUUGGCAACAAAAAUAAAGCAUAGCUGAUAUUCACCCAAAAUGUUUUUGUUCAAAGAUUAAGAACUUAAAUGAAGAUUACUUUGGAAAUUAUGUUUUACUGUCUUUGUUAGCUCUUUAAAGGAUAUAGGUCUACCAGCAGGCCAUGUGUUGCUUUCUGUGUUUAGUCCCCCAACUGUGUAAAAAAAAAAAGGUUUACUGUCACUUUGACGGUGCAGCUGUACUUUUCUCUUUUUAUAUGUAAAUAAAAGUAACCCUACACUUUUCUGUGAA